AUGAGCGACUCCCAGCCACAACAGGCCAGCGGCGGCCAGCAAGGUCAACAGCUGCUACGCCCCGAUGAUAUACUCAAGCUGCAAUGCCUUCCCGAAGACGAGAAGCAGAAGUAUCGCUUGAUUAUGCAGAACUUCUGGACCAUCUUCAACAACAACCCGCAAGGCAGCCAGGAGAAUACAAACGCGCGUCAGAAGCUGACGGAAUGGUCGCAAAAGUUCAUCGGACGCGAACGUCAAUAUCGCGCCAAGAUGAAGCAACAGCAGCAACAGGGAAACCAAAACCAAGGACAAGCUGGACAGUCUAGUGCAGCUGGCCAGCAGAAUGCCAACGCUGUCAAGCAAGAAGGAGGUCAGGCUCAACCCCAAGGUUCUGGGGCACCAGCCAACCAGCAAUCUCAAGGACAACAGCAGCCCAACCAAGGACAGAAUCCAGGGCGCGGCCAAGUCGAUCCUGCCAUCGUCAAGCAUGUUCACGACUUCCCCAUGCAAGGACCAACAAACGGACCUACGCCAGGCACACCCGAGUACGAGAACAAACUGAAGGAGUAUCGGACUGGUUAUCUCAACAUGCUUGCCAAACAAGCGACGUUAACUGAGCAGCGACGGAGGAUUAUCCAAGAGUUGACCGAACGGCAGAACAACGGACAGGAGCUACCUCAGGAGCGACUUUUGAUGAAGAACAACAUCGAGAAGGAGGCUGCUAAGAUUAAGGCUCAAAUUGAUAAGUUCAGAGCUAUGCAAAAGCAGUGGAAGGAGGAGCGCGAACAGAAUUCCCAAGGCCAGGCACAAGCUCAAGGCCAGAACCCAGCGCAAUCACCUCCGCAGCAACAACCACAACCGCCUCAGCGCCAGCCUUCACAGCCCAAUAUGCCUGCGCAACCCCAGGUGAAAGAGGAGCCCCAGAUCAAGAUCGAGGGCGGGCAGGCACCACAACCACAACCGCAAACUCAGUCCCAACCUCAGCCGCAAUUCAACAUGCAGGCCAAUCAAGGAAACCUUCAGCAAGGACCGCCGCAGCAGCAACAGAUGCAACACAAUCAGCAGCUUCCUCAACAGCAACAAAUGCAGCAGCAACAACAGCAGCAGGCUCGACCUCCGCCAGCACCUCACUCGCAGACGAUGCCACCAAAUCAGAUGCCGCAGUUUUCGCAACAAGGACAACAGCAACAGAAUUUCCACCAGCAGCAGCAACAACAACAGCGACCCCAGAUUAACCCUAUGCAAGCGAAUGCACACCAGCAGAGCAACUCACCACACCCACAGUCCGCCGCGUCCAACGCUCCUGGUCCGCCAGUUCCUCUCUCGCACCAAGCCGCAGUCAGCGCCGCGAACCGGUCCUACACCGACCCUCAACGCACAAACACGCCCAUGCAACAGGGCGGACAGGGUGGUAACUUUGGAAGUCGCGAGCGCGAGCAGCUCAACAACCCAAAGAUGCCAAUCCCACGCCAUCUUAAUGUGACUUCACCUCAAGCCGUCCACAUGGGACAAGCUCGACCUACCAUGAGCGGACCUACAAACGGAGCGCCAGGCCCAAUGGGUCAACCUGUUAUCCCACGACCACCCCCAUUCCAGCUCGAAGGUGAGGGCGACCGCGUGCUUAGUAAACGCAAGCUGGACGAGCUUGUUCGGCAGGUAACAGGCGGAUCCGAGGAGGCAUUGACACCAGAGGUAGAAGAGGCUGUUCUUCAACUCGCAGAUGACUUUGUCGACAACGUCAUUAGCAACGCUUGCAAACUGUCCAAGCUUCGCGAUUCACCUCAGCUCGACAUUCGCGACAUCCAAGUCAUACUUGAGCGCAAUUACAACAUUCGCAUUCCUGGCUACGCAUCUGAUGAAGUCAGAACUGUGCGCAAGAUUGUUCCUGCGCAAGGCUGGGCAAACAAGAUGAGCGCUGUCAACGCGGCGAAGGUCAUGGGUGGGAAAGCGGACUUCUAG